CCAGCAGCAGCGGCAUUGGUGGAUCCAAUGAGGUGACGCCGCGUUCGGGGCCCGACUGAUGAGAAGGAACCGGUGAUAACGGGAACUAAAAACGGUCAAGUGUGACAACAAAGAGGGUCUGAAUCAAGGCAAGACCAGGAACACUGAUCCCAGAAGCCCCCCGGAGAGCACCGUGAACAUCUGCAUCAGUGCCGGCAGAGGAAACGUGAGCUCCUGGAACAGACUCACCAUGGGAGGGAGGAAACUGCCACUGGUUGCUCUCGUCUGCCUUGUUGUGGCAAUGUUGCCUUCUCUUGCAGGGACCGUCGCUGUCAUGUCCGUGGACCUGGGCAGUGAGUGGAUGAAAGUCGCAAUAGUGAAACCUGGUGUGCCGAUGGAGAUUGUCCUUAACAAGGAGUCGCGGAGGAAAACCCCCAUCGCUGUGUGUCUGAAGGAAAAUGAAAGACUUUUGGGAGACAGUGCGCUUGGAGUGUCUGUGAAGAACCCUAAAACUGUGUAUAGACACCUCCAAAGUCUCCUGGGAAAAAAGCACGAUAACCUCCAGGUGGCGCUCUACCAGAAACGUUUCCCUGAGCACCAGCUGCUGGAGCACCCAGUAAGAGGAACAGUGUACUUCAAAACCUCAGAAGAGACGCAGUACACCCCUGAGGAGCUCCUCGGGAUGAUGCUCAACUAUUCUCGGAUGCUUGCUCAGGACUUUGCAGAACAACCGGUCAAAGACGCAGUGAUCACCGUCCCGGCCUUCUUCAACCAGGCGGAGCGGCGGGCGGUGCUGCAGGCGGCUCAGAUGGCCGGCCUCAAGGUUCUGCAGCUCAUCAACGACAACACCGCCGUGGCCCUGAACUACGGAGUGUUCAGGAGGAAAGACAUCGACAACACAGUCAAGAACAUCAUGUUUUAUGAUAUGGGCUCAGGGAGCACUACGGCCACCAUCGUCACAUACCAGACAGUGAAGACCAAGGAGGCGGGCACCCAGCCCCAGCUGCAGAUCCGAGGGGUCGGGUUUGACCGCGGGCUUGGGGGCUUUGAGAUGGACCUGCGACUACGGGACCACCUGGCUAAACUGUUCAACGAGCAGAAGAAGACAAAGAAAGACGUGAGGGAAAACCACCGGGCCAUGGCCAAGCUCCUCAAAGAGGCCCAGAGGCUGAAGACCGUGCUCAGUGCCAACAUGGACUUCAUGGCCCAGGUGGAAGGUUUACUGGAUGACAUUGACUUCAAAGCUAAGGUAUCCAGGACGGACUUUGAGGAGCUGUGUGCUGAUCUGUUCGACAGAGUGCCGGGCCCGGUGCAGGAUGCCCUCAGCACCGCAGAGAUGAAGCUGGAUGAAAUAGAGCAGGUGAUUUUAGUAGGCGGCUCUACCCGUGUCCCCAAGGUUCAGGAAGUGCUGCUCAAAGCUGUGGAGAAAGAGGAGCUGGCGAAGAACAUCAACGCUGACGAAGCAUCAGCCAUGGGAGCUGUGUACCAGGCCGCCGCCCUCAGCAAGGCCUUCAAGGUCAAACCUUUCCUGGUCCGAGAUGCAGCCGUCUUCCCUAUCCAGGUGGAAUUCACCCGGGAGUCAGAGGAGGAGGAUGGUAUCAAGACCCUUAAACACAACAAACGGAUCCUCUUCCAGAGGAUGGCCCCCUACCCCCAGCGCAAGGUCAUCACAUUCAACCGCUACAGCGACGACUUCGCUUUCUACAUCAACUACGGCGACCUGAGCUACCUGAGUCAGGAAGACCUCAGCGUGUUUGGCUCUCUGAACCUUACCACAGUCAAGCUGUCUGGAGUCGGCGAGAGCUUCGAGAAGAAUGCCGACGCAGAGUCCAAAGGCAUCAAAGCCCAUUUCAACAUGGAUGAGAGCGGGGUGCUGCUGCUGGAUCGGGUGGAGUCUGUGUUCGAAACUGUUGUGGAGGAGAAAGAGGAGGAGUCCACAUUAACCAAACUGGGAAACACUAUUUCCACCUUGUUUGGAGGAGGAUCCUCGGAACCCGCCCCAAAUGUGACGGAACCUGUCCAGGACGAGGAGGAAGUGCCUCCAGAGUCUGGAAAAGACGACAGGGACAAGGACGGCAAGGACGAGGCCCAGGAGAAGCAGGACGAGAAAAGUUCAGCUGAAGAGAAGGGUCAGGAGAAGACCGAGGAGCCAGGCAGCAAGAAUGACGCUCCGGAGGAGAAGGAUAGAGAGAAAGCUGAGAACACAGAGGCAGAGAAGGAAGCUGAGGAGAAGAAGGCAAAGCCUCAGAAAAAGAGCAAGAUCUCUGAAGACAUCACAGCGGAACUCAUCACCAACGACAUCCUAGACCCUACUGCAGAGGACUUCACUUCCUCCAAGAAGAAGCUGCAGGAUCUGACAGACAGAGACCUGGCCAAACAGGAGAGGGAGAAGUCACUCAACAGUCUGGAAGCUUUUAUCUUUGAGACGCAGGACAAGCUGUACCAGGAGGAUUACCAGCUGGUGGUGACGGAGGAGGAGAAGGAGCAGAUCUCCAGCAAGCUGAGCGAGGCGUCCGAGUGGAUGGAUGAGGAGGGCUAUGCGGCCUCCACCAAGCAGCUGAGAGAGAAGCUGUCUCAGCUGAAGAACCUGUGUAAGGACAUGUUCUUCAGGGUGGAGGAGCGCCGCAAGUGGCCAGAGCGCCUGGCCACCCUGAACAGCAGGCUCAACACCUCCAGCUUCUUCCUGAGGACUGCCAAACAGAUCCCAGAGGAUGACCAGAUCUUCACUGAAGUGGAGCUGAAUAUGUUGGAAAAAGUGAUCAACGAAACAAUGACGUGGAAGAAUGAGACGGAGGCAGAGCAAGAGAAGCGCUCUCCAAAGGAGCGGCCCGUCCUCUUGUCCAAAGACCUCGAGUCCAAAGUGUCUCUGCUGGAGCGGGAGCUCAACUACCUGCUCAACAAGGCCAAGUUUGCCAAGCCCAAAGCCAAAGCCAAGAACAGCACGAGCUCCGAUAAAAGCAGCAAGUCCAACAACACCUCCCAGGAGAAGGUCAUCCCCCCCACAGAGGAGAGCGCAGACACACAGAGUGAAAGCCCUGAGGAAGUACAGCCGGUGGAAGUCCCGCCCACUGAAGAGAGCGCUGCAAACACAGACUCAGAAAGCCCAUCACAGCCCACAGAAGAAUCAGCAACCACAGGACCAACGGAAAAGAGCCAGCCUAAGAACCACAUAGAGGAUGAAUUAUAACAGCUGGACCGGGGAAAAAUCACUUUAUUUAUUGACAGUGUAUAAAUGUUUGCGCUCCUUCUCUCUAUUUGUUUUGUUUAAUUUGUUCCUUGUGUCCUUGUAAAUUGAACCGCUGGAAGAUAAGGAUUGGAGACCACUCAGCUUGUCCACUUCUUCUUCUGUACUCUCAUCUCCUCCGUCUCUUGGAUUCUGUAAGCAACGGACACUCAAACACCAAGAAGCAGCGAUGAAGGUCCAGACACAUACCGCCUCACGUCCAGCUGAUGGAGAGGGAGAGGAGGCAGUGCUGUCCUGCUUUUUCCUCUGCACUGAUUCUGUUUCUGUAGCUGGGAGGUUGGUAUUGGUCCUAGCACCUGCAGCUUCACUUUGUUUUCAUGGCCAGGUUGGUAUUGAUCACUGCGGUGGGGGGGUUGCUUAACAGUCAUUUAGAAUUAAUUUUUUUGCUUCAAACCAGAAUGUAUUUGGCCAAAUGACUUAUAGAUGUAUGUGAACCCUUUAUACUGUAAUCACUUACAUUAUAUUUAAUAUGUGGUAGCACAGUCGGUUGAUUUUUUAUUUGGUCAUAAAUAUUCAUGGUUUUGUGGUAUAAUAUAGGAGGUCAUAAUAAACCUACCGAACUGGGCUGUCAAUUAAGAAAGACUAAUUUCUAAAACCAUGUAAACUAAAGCGAAUGACGGCUGAAAUUAUUAGAUAAGACUUGAUCAGCAAUGCAGGCAUAACUGUGCCUCGUUUGGAGACAUGCAGAGGGUGGAACACCACGGUUUAAAGCAGAACUACUGAUGGUGGCACUUCUACUGCCCCCUGCAGCUCAGUCAGAGGUUAUUUUCCACAUUGACUGAAUACAUUCAUGAGAAGCUCUCCUUUUAAAGUGCCCGUUUGGGUCUGUCAUGCAGCACUUUUUGCUUGCCCCCCAGUUGCUCGUGUAUGUGCACUGUAAUACUGACAUCCUAAAAGACUCCACCUAUCUGUGUGCCACCAUCCUGCUGCUCCGGCUGCAGGAAGGGAGUGAUCACUGAGUCUUCUUUCUGAAGCCAGCAGAAGCUGAUGGUGUGUCAGGCAGGCUGUGCAAACUCCAUCUUUCAACCUUUCAUAAGCUGCUAAACCAUUUAAGGGGGGGGGGGGUUAAUUUGUGUCGUCACCAUUCUUUACCUCGACAUACCCUGUGGUGCAGAUGUUUGCUCUGUUUUCCGUUGAAACGGGGAGGGGGGGUGCUAUGUGUGUUUGCAGCACUGUGGACUAUCUGAAGGGGAGAACUGUAGAAAACAAAGUCAGGAAUGGAAGAUGCAAACAAUGUUGUCUUUCUAAGCUGUUAAUAAAAACUCUUUUGGUUUUUAA